AGUGUAGUAGGUCAUGUGAACGGCACACAGGUUUUCCGGCCUAGCUUUUCCUCUAGAGUCUGUUUUUUAACUAAACGAUUCCGCAGGCUCGUCAUAAAGUAACACAAACAAAACUUUUUAUAUAUUACUCUAUGGGCUCGUUGAAUGCCGCGUCUCAUGCGUGGCUUCCAGAGCCGUGAUCGCCUGUGCUGGAUGUUUGUUUCGAGAAAAUGGCGAGCAUUCAUCUGCAUCAUGAAACUCCUGGCUGCUGCCCGAUAGCUCGGCAGACAGCGUCGGCGAGUAGACCGUUGGACGCCCUAGAUGCGUCUUUGCUCGAACUGGGAAUGCUGAGUGCCGUCACGGACUCCCGCCGGGACUACCUGCUCGAGAAGCGCGGUGCCGACUCCGGGCCGCACCCUUCGGGGCUGUGUGUGCUGGCCAUGAAUUCCGCCUACAUUGCAGACUUAUCGUACGUGGCCGCGGCGUCCAGUCCCCCUUCGGAGACGGUGCCACUGCUCACCCUGCGGCGUAUUCGGGCCCUUCGCAGGCGACAGUACCAGCCGUACGACUACCCGUGGCGGCAACGGUUAGUGGAAAUGCUGAGGACCAAAGAAGCUCCGUGUCUCGGCGCGAACAAGUCGAACCCAGGCAGUCCGUCCAAGUUGGCAGCAGGAAUCGUCCGCUCCAAGUCACUGGACGACCUCCAAUGGGCAUGCGGGGGCACCGACAUCGUGGAAACAGUGUCGCGCAAGAUAAGCAACCUGCAUUUCGGCUAGGACCACGUGUCGCUUUGGGAUGAUGAACGAAUGUUUUUGCGCGAUGGUUGCAAACUCUGGAACUUUUGACACAAGUGGUUAGGAUAUUUAUUGGUUACUUUUUGCAGCAUUCAACUGAGCAUUGCAAAUAAUUAAGUUGGUCAGGCUCUGUGUACCUGAAAGGUGGUUGCUGCAGCAUGAUGGUUUUGCUACUGCGGCCACAUUUUCUCUCUUCUGGGACGUUCCUUUGAAUUCACUCAAACUGAAGGAAUAAAUGUUUUAGCGCAGGUUUAGAGACACAGUACUCCGCUCGCUUCACCUAACCUGACCACAAGUGUCUGGCUGCACGGAUAAGCUGCAAAUAAAUUCAUCUUUUUCAAGAUUCCGUGCUUGGUGCAUGUUUAGUAAUUUUGGCAACAUGGAGCCCUUUCUAAUUAAAUAAAUGAGAUAACCUUCA